AUGGACAUGUCGAGCCUUAAGACUCUCGCUAACUUGAAUCUCGCACUUGAUAAUCUUCUCUCCGUGGUGUUUGGUGUUUAUAUUUAUGAGCUCGUGCGCCCGCUCCGCUUUGACUGGAAUCUAUUCGCCGGGGGCGACGCCAAGCGCUCCCGUCUAGCCAUCGGGGUGAAGGGGCUAUACAUAGUCUGCCGGUGCUCGAUCCUGGUCGAGUGCAUAGCCAGCCUCGUCCUACUGAAGUUUUCGAUCAGAUCUACAACCCAUUGUUUCUUCGUCGAGAGGGUCGUCUACAGUACGGCGUUGGCCACGAUAGCCAGUGCGACCCUGCUUCUGUCCGUGAGAGUCGGCGUCAUCUGGACCUGGGACAGACGUCUCAUAUGUGCGUUUAUCCCGAUCUAUCUGGCCAUCAUAGCAUUGGGUGUUCGCGCCGUCGUACUUAUCGGGAGGGAGCACGGCCCUGACGCCUUCGGCGUAGGAUGCACUAUGUUGGGUCACGAAGACUACAACACGCCUCCUCUCGUGGCGUUCUUCGUACUGGACGUCGCGCUGCUCAUACUACUUCUUAUCGGUCUACGACGUUGGAGUGACGCUGGUGCCUUUUCACUCUGGCGUGUCCUCUGGAACCAAGGCCUGUUGUAUCUGAUGAUCAUAGUCAGCAUUGAGGCGCCCUUGACGACCUUCCUGUUUCUGAGCAACAAAGCUUGGGUGUCGUUUUACCUGCCAUUCACUCCGAUGCUCCCUAUCGGUGCGACGCGGCUCUACCGCUCCCUAACACAAUUCGCGGGCAAGGGCAGUAACAGACCUGCUUACGAGUCAACGUUCACAGUACCUCAAGCUCCGCGUCUUCAGGCUCUUGACGCGCCGGAGACAGCUACGAAGGUGUACAUCAUUGAAAGAUCCGAACGAGACGAGUACGAGAUGGACAACGAGCGGAUCGCUUCACCGCUAAAACGAACGAACGAAGACGCCUAG